AUGAAAAGCCCUCUGAUCAUGGACUACUACGGAGAUCUAGGUCUCGUGGAAACGGCCACAGGAGAUGAAAUCGAAAAGGUUUAUCGUAUUGUAGAGGGCAAGCACCGCGCAGAAGUCGACGAGGAACGACUCCAAAAGGUGUGUCACGACGGCAUUUUGACUGGCUUCGUACGACACUACCGACCGCAGGCGAGGGAUGCGUAUGGCUUGUUGAGCCGGGCACCAGAACGCGCAGAUUAUGACAAAGAUUAUGCAAACGCCAGAACAGGCUGGUUCCGGCACCGCAAGUGGACCGAUUGGGAGGCGGCGGCGGAGAAAACGGCGGCAAGAGGCGAGGGCGGCUCACCGGAGAACAAGAACUUGUAUUAUGCGCAGAAGCUGAUGGCCAGGAUGAGAGACCGCAGGGCGAAACGAGAGACGGUCAUUGUGAAUGUGAUUGGCAUGAAGAAACUAAAGGGCUCGCAGAGGAGCACCCUCAAGACGAUGUCCCAAACAAUGCGCCAGAGAUGA